CUGAUAGUUUUUUUUUUUCACCUCUCUAAUCUCUGUUUCUUCGAGACAACAAUGGCGAGCGGAAUCCUGAGGAGGGCAAUAGCUAGGGUUUCUGCAACUCCACCUUCAAGAUUCGUUCGAAUUCGAGCACAUGCUGCGGCUGCCGAAGCGCAGCAAGUUGAGCAGAAAGCGGCCGCCUCAACGAACCUAAAGACAUUCGCAAUCUACCGAUGGAACCCUGAUAGUCCUUCUAAACCAGAGCUUCAGGAGUACAAGAUCGAUCUCAAAGAGUGCGGCCCCAUGGUGCUAGAUGCGCUUAUCAAAAUCAAGAACGAGGUCGACCCUACUCUAACCUUCCGCCGUUCGUGCCGAGAGGGGAUCUGCGGCUCCUGUGCGAUGAACAUCGAUGGAUGUAAUGGAUUGGCUUGCUUGACCAAGAUUCCGUCCGGAGCUUCCUCGACGAUUACGCCGCUGCCUCAUAUGUUCGUGAUCAAGGAUCUGGUGGUGGACAUGACCAAUUUCUAUAACCAGUAUAAGAGUAUUGAGCCGUGGUUGAAAAGGAAGAGCGAGCCGCCUGUGCCUGGGAAGGAGAUACUUCAGAGUAAGAAAGAUAGGGCUAAGUUGGAUGGAAUGUAUGAGUGUAUAUUGUGUGCUUGCUGUAGUACAUCGUGCCCCAGCUAUUGGUGGAACCCAGAGUCCUACCUCGGACCAGCCGCUUUGCUCCAUGCCAAUAGGUGGAUAAGCGAUAGCCGUGAUGAAUAUACCAAAGAAAGACUUGAGGCAAUAAAUGAUGAAUUCAAGCUCUAUCGUUGUCAUACUAUUCUGAACUGUGCCCGUGCAUGUCCCAAGGGUUUGAACCCUGGAAAACAGAUUCAAAAUAUCAAACAACUUCAGCUUGUGGGUUGAGCCUAAGUUUCUAGGUACAAUGAAGCACAAUAAUGUUCUUUUCAUUCAGUUCGGAUAUAUUUUGAGGAGAUGAACUCUGUGAUUUUGAUAUAAUAACUUGUGGAUCACUUACUUUCCACCCAUUCUGUACUUACUUAUCAUUUGGGUUUGCAAAUAAAUGUUGAUAGAAACCUUGUUUUCUUCUUGAGUUGCUGUAUCAAGAUCUUCCUUUAUUCAUCA